AUGCAUUCGUCGAUCAUACUUGCAGCCGUUUGCGCUCUCUCGGGAGCAGCCAGCGCGGCAUGCCUUACCGACUCCAAUGCCCAACAAGUCGCCAAUAAUUUCGCCACCUUGUUCAGCAACUACACAGCAGCCUUUGCCAAUCAGACCCUGGCUUCCAACUACACCGACCAAACCGACAGCGUUGAUUGGCUUAUGAGCAAUGGAACUAUGUGUCCAAAGGCUGUAUGUCUCUUCGGAAUCAUUCACUUACGCAGAGGCUAACCAAGGAGGUCUUAGCUCGGCUCAGAGACCUUCUCCUCUCGCGCUGCAUUCGAAGCAGCGCAGGCAACGCAACCAAACAUGCCAUUCAACGUCGAAAACACCUUCCACGACUGCACGAACGUCUUCAUCAGAUGGAAGUUUACCGUCAAGCCUCAGCAAGUUCAAGGAAUUGCCAUUCUACGUGAGCUAAUCCGCACAAAAAAUCCCUCUCCUCCCAGUCCUCAGCGGCUAAUGCCGGUCAACAGAGACCAUUCCCAACCCCAAGUCUCCAGAUAACCAGCAACAGCCAUUCCUCAUCGACAAUGUCUUCUCCGAAUUCAACACUGGGGCUUUCAUUACAAAUUUGGGGUAUUACCACGGAACGUCGCCGUGCGGGGCCGGGGCUUCCAAGAGGGAUGCGGAUGGAAGUGACAUGCCGGCGAUGUGGAUGAGUUGA